AUGUGGGGGCGGUUUCGACAACUGUUAGACGUCCCGGGGCCCCUCGGCACCCAGAGGGGUGCUGCGUGUGGUGAAACGCUUCCCGGGCGCGCUGAGGUGCUGGGGCUGUCGCACCGUAAUGCGGUGCCCGGCGGCGGCGGGCUGAGGGCAAGUUAUACCCUUUCUUUUGCCAACUCAGAUGCUUGUUUGGACCCUUCCUUGAGCAGAUUUAACUCUCAUGGCCAGCAGAGAAAAAAACCUUCCCUGGGUUACUUUUUUGCUGUUUCAGAUGGUGAACUCAAUGUUCUGGAUGACAUUUUGACUGAUGCUCCUGACCAAGAUGAUGAGUUAUAUAACCCUGAUAGUGAGCAAGAUAAAAGUGAGAAAAAGGGAUCAAAAAGAAAAAGUGACAGGAUGGAAAAUGCUGAAAGCAAAAGACAAAAACCUUCUGUGCAUUCUUCAAGGCAAAUGGUGCCAAAGCCACCUAGUUCAUCAGUUAGCAAUAACAAGAGAAUAGUGAGUACGAAAGGAAAGCCAGUAUCAGAAUACAAGAAUGAGGAAUAUCAGAGGCCUGAUAGAAACAAGCGUCCAGAUGGUGAUCGAAAGAUGCGCAUGUCAAGCAGUUCCAGGGAACCUUAUAAAGGACAACCAGAAAAAACUUGCAUGCGGAAGAGGGAUAUUGACAGAAGGGCAAAGUCUUCCACACCAGAUGGUUCAGAGAGAAUCAGGCAUGAUAUGGAUAGACGACCAAGCAGAUCCAGCCAUUCUUCCAAAGAAGAGGUGAAUUCUGAAGAGUAUUGCUCAGAUCAUGAGACUGGCAGUAGUGGCUCUUCUGAACAAGGCAAUACAGAGAACGAGGAGGAAGGAAUGGAGGAAGAGGAAGAUGAUGAAGGGGAGGAGGAUGAAGAUGUGGAAGAAGAUGGGGAGGAGGACGAAGAAGAGUAUGAACAGGAUGAGCGAGAUCAGAAGGAAGGAAAUGACUAUGACACGCGAAGUGAAGCCAGUGAUUCUGAUUCUGAAUCCGCAUCAUUCACAGAUGGGUCAGUCAGAUCUGGUUCCGGUUCGGAUGCAUCGGAUGAGAAAAAGAAGGAGAGGAAGAGAGCUAGAGGUAUCUCUCCAAUUGUUUUUGACAGAAGUGGAAGUUCUGCCUCAGAAUCCUAUGCAGGUUCAGAAAAGAAGCAUGAGAAAUUAUCAUCUUCCGUUCGUGCUGUCCAAAAAGACCAAACAAGUAAACUUAAAUACAUUCUCCAAGAUGCAAGGUUUUUCCUCAUCAAGAGUAAUAACCAUGAAAACGUGUCACUUGCUAAAGCUAAGGGAGUGUGGUCAACGCUUCCCGUGAAUGAAAAGAAGCUUAAUGCCGCAUUUAGAUCAGCGAGGAGCGUUAUUUUGAUAUUUUCUGUAAGAGAGAGUGGCAAAUUCCAAGGAUUUGCAAGGCUGUCUUCAGAGUCCCACCAUGGAGGAUCACCUAUACACUGGGUGCUGCCUGCAGGAAUGAAUGCAAAAAUGUUGGGAGGUGUCUUUAAAAUUGACUGGAUUUGCAGGCGUGAAUUGCCCUUCACUAAAUCUGCUCAUCUGACCAAUCCUUGGAAUGAACAUAAGCCAGUGAAGAUUGGACGCGAUGGACAGGAAAUUGAGCCGGAAUGUGGAACCCAGCUUUGUCUUCUGUUCCCCCCUGAUGAAAGUAUUGACUUGUAUCAAGUCAUUCAUAAAAUGAGGCACAAGAGAAGAAUGCAUUCACAGCCCCGAUCAAGAGGACGCCCAUCCCGUCGAGACCCCGUUCGGGACGUGGGAAGGCGUCGACCAGAGGAUUAUGAUAUUCAUAACAGCAGAAAGAAACCAAGGAUUGACUAUCCCCCUGAGUUUCACCAAAGACCAGGGUAUAUAAAGGAUCCCAGGUAUCCUGAAGUAGACAGACGAUUUUCAGGAGUUCGACGAGAUGUAUUUUUAAAUGGGUCCUACAAUGAUUACGUGAGGGAAUUCCACAACAUGGGACCACCACCACCAUGGCAAGGAAUGCCACCGUAUCCAGGUAUGGAGCAGCCACCACACCACCCUUACUAUCAGCACCAUGCACCUCCACCUCAAGCUCACCCUCCAUACUCAGGACAUCAUCCCGUACCACAUGAAGCAAGAUACAGAGAUAAACGAGUACAUGACUACGACAUGAGGGUAGACGAUUUUCUUCGCCGCACGCAAGCAGUUGUCAGUGGUCGGAGAAGCAGGCCUCGCGAGAGGGACCGAGAACGGGAGCGAGACCGUCCUAGAGAUAAUAGAAGAGACAGAGAACGUGACAGAGGCCGUGAUCGGGAAAGAGAGAGAGAGAGGAUUUGUGACCGGGACAGAGACAGAGGUGAAAGAGGUAGAUACCGAAGAUAAUCCAUCUGGAACCAGUGGUCACUUGAAACAAAAAAAGCUUGUAUUUUUUUGUGUGUUUACAAGUAGUACAUUUUAUUUUCAGCUGUCUCCUUAAAGUUCGUUGUGUAGAAGGAUUUAUAAUGACCCUCUUUAUUCCAAGCAUGCAGUGAACUACAAACUGGAAAAACUCAAAUCGGCCAAAAAUAGAAUACACAAAGCUGACACUCGAGUUGACGUUUUUAUUGGAGCAGAAUGGGAAACAAGUUAAGAAUGUAGAUAUUGAUUAAUUCUCAGUAAGUGUUCAUCUACUUAGUGACUUCA